AUUUCACAAACAUCCGGUUCUUGUGUGGAUGAAGAAGAAAUACUACGAGAAAACUGUGCUACUAAUUUACAUGUCCAAAUGGAAACGCCAAAGCGUUUUGUGGAAGAGAUACACCACACAGACCUUCAAAUAUGCCAACUGGUAAACGAAGGGUCAUUCGGAAUUAUUUCACUCGCCUAUUGGAAGGGGCGCGAAGUUGCUGUCAAAUUAAUAGCAGACAGCAACAAAGAUAGUUUUGUGGUGGAAUUAAAACAAUUAUCACGUAUUGAUCAUCCUCAUAUCGUCAAGUUAUUCGGAGUUUGUCGUAGUCCAUUUUGCCUUGUGAUGGAAUUCGCUGAAGGAGGCUCAUUGAAUAAAGUCCUGCAUGAAGACACCAAUGCUCAUUUUACGCCCGGCUUGGCUAUCAGUUGGAUGUAUCAGUGCGCAGUAGGAGUUGAGUAUUUGCACGGCAUUAAACCAAAACCUUUGAUUCAUCGUGAUCUUAAACCAGCAAACCUAUUGUUGAUUGAUCAAGGAAGAUUUAUGAAAAUUUGUGAUUUCGGUUUAUCGAGAGAAAAGAGUGCUCAUAUGUCAGGUAAUCGUGGAAGUGCCUAUUGGAUGGCUCCAGAAGUUUUCGCUGGUCAAGACUACAACGAAAAGUGUGAUCUUUUUAGCUUUGGAAUAACAGUUUGGCAGAUUUUAACAAGGAAAUUCCCAAUGGCUGAACGUGGUGUAGAUAUUGCAUUUAAAUUAAUGUGGGACUAUUAUAAAGGCAAACGUCCACACUCUAUAUCAAAUUGUCCGAAACCUCUUGCCGAGCUUAUGGUUCAUUGUUGGGAUCAACGACCCUCCGCUAGACCUACUAUGACAGAAGUUGUACGUAUCCUAAAAGGACUACAAGAAAUGUUUAAGGGAGCGGAUGAACCUGUGUAUUAUAUAUCAACACAAAAGGAAGAUGAUCAUUUGUCUUUUCUUACAUCUCCGAAAUCCAAAAUUACAGAUGACACACGUCAAACUUUAAUAAAAAAUACCAGUCAGCAAGAGGUUGAAGAGGAAAGAUCAAGAUCCUUUUCAAUGACAAGCGCUCCAGCUUCAUUAGCAGCGUCUAUGGAGCAGUUAGAUAUUGGUGAUAACAGGCCAUCAGAUAAUGAAACUACACCAGUUCCAAUGAAACGAGGUCAUCGCCGUACUGGCUCGCAUGGACAGAAAUUUGUUACACCUCCCAAUCAAUUACCGAAUUUAAACGAACAAAAUAUGUCCCGAUUGACAGUUACUCGACAAAAUAGAUCCGGAUCAGGAUCUCAGGCUGCGAGCCCAUAUGAUCCAACAGGAUCAACAACAUCUCUUACACCAGGAACUCCAAUUGAUAUUACUAAGGAUGGUUUGUAUACUAAAUUGAGAGAAAAGUAUAAGAUAUUCAAAAUGCUUCCUCUUCAAGCCACUUGGGUAGAGGCGGGAAUCAGUCGAGAUGAUGUAAAUAGAGUAAACGCAUUGGCCUGUAAACUUGAAUAUCAGCCUUUAGCUCCUGAUUUUAAUUGUCCUCAAUCUAUACACAUAUUCAAUGAACACUAUAGGUUAGCAAAAUCAUAUCUUGAAACGCAAGUGGAAAUUCAAUUUUUGACUUCUCGAAAGUUUGAGCUUGAUAAAGAAUUAGAGACAGAUUUAAGAGCGGAACAAGCCGAUGUCGAAUUACAAGAUCAGUUGGCAAAUGAAACUGCCGAACGAGAUAGUUUGGCAAAUUUUUUGCAUAACUUGCAACAACAAGUGAGCGAGUGUCCCUGCGUUGUUGAUGAGAUUAGGCCAGCUAGUUCAGCCCUUGCAUCGGGUUUAAAAAUUGGAGACAUUGUUAUUGCUGUUAAUGGCAUCGACGUUCGCAAUUGGGGCCAUUAUAAGCUUGUACAAUUAAUUCAACGCUGCGGUUCGACAUUGGAUCUCGUAGUGAAGAAUAAUAAUAUGGAUUUGGGUAGGAAUAUUAUCUCGACAACGUUUAGUGGACAAGCUGACUAUCUGUUGACUAAAAGAGAAAAACAAUUAUUUAGAACUUCACUGAUAAAUUACAAUUUGCAUCAUAAUAUUCAAUUAUUAGUUGGGGAAUUAGAGAGAGUUUUGGAUACAAAUUCAAAGAAACAGCUAUGGCGAUAUAUUAUCCAAAGGAUGACACCAGAUCAUCAAAUUUAUGUGCUAGAGAGAAUCUCCUUACCAAGAAAAGCUAUUACGCCAACGAGCAGGUCCAUGCAAGAUGCCGUAACCGAAUUGGCUCACAAUCCGUCCAGAAAGUUAGCACCGAAUAGUAAUUGGUCGUUAUUUAAGCAGAAAAUAGACUUUUUACUAACACCAAAUGAAAGACAUGCUUUAAAACUUUUACUGCAAAAUUACGCCAACCUUCGCCAUGUAGAAAAUUUAUUAGAAAGUUUACAAAAGCUCUUUGAUACGCCAUCUAAACGCUCCUUAUGGAAAUUUGUACUGCCCCUACUCUCUGAAAAAGAUAGGCGAUAUUGCAUUUCCAGACUUCGAAAUGGUGGUAUACGUUCCUCAACGCCAGUUAGAAAUUCAUUUAGAGAAGCAUCCCCCAGGGAAGGAGAUGUUACUUUUCAGUCAAAUUCUUAUUAUUACGGGGGUGGCAAUACUUUAAUAAGUACAGCGCCUAACUCGUCCUUUCAGUCGGACGAUUCGUCUAACAUUACCAGAUCAACCGUUAGACGCCGUAGUGUGGAUAGUUCUAAUAGUUUGGGAUUUCAUAAUCAAGACGGAGAGGUAUCCGUCGUCACGGUUCAGCCUGAUAUUGUUGUUGAUAAGAAAGAAGUUUCUGAAAGUGCUACUCAAACAGAUGAUGGUCAUAGAAACUAUCGAACUUUGGUUAGACUGCGCAGUCGGCCGGAAGAACAAGCUGAUAUAGUCGAAAUGGAUGAUGAUGAAUUUCUAACAAGCCCAAAUUUCUCCGAAAUAGUUCAUUCAAAACCGCUUAUGCAGUCGGCAAGUAUUCAAACUGAGUUGGUUCCUAUAAUCGAAAAACCUAGUGAUUCAGAGGAACUUGAAGACAGCCAAUCAGAAUCGUAUAUGUAUGCUAGAACCAUGAGUGCCCUAAGAGUACUAGAUGACGCUGUAGCGGACGAGCUGACAGAUGAUGUAGAUACUCCAAAUGAAGCUUUCGUACCUCCUGCACCCCCUAUUCCACCCCCUCCACCACCACCUCUACCAGUAACUGUCAACAACACCGGUCCACCUGGUGUUAAAAGGAUCAAUUGGGAAAAAAUUGAGAACAUAGACGAAAAUUCUCUAUGGGCUCAAAUACCCGAAGCGAAUAUGGAAUUAGAAGAUGUAGUUAAAUUUUUAGAAAUAGAACAACAAUUUAGCACCAAGAAACUAAAUAUAGCACUAAAGAAACGUCAGCCGAGAAUAACUAUUUUAAAUGCAAAAAAGGCCUAUAACAUCUCGAUUCUACUUGGACAAUUAAAGAAAUCAGCCCCCGAACUAAGGGAGUCUUUAUUGAUGAUGGAUGAUAAUACGUUAUCAGCUGAUUUACUUAACCAAUUACUUAUGUUUUUACCAGAUGCAAACGAGAAAGAACAUUUUAAUCAAUUUACUGGUAAAUUAGAAGAUCUAAGCAUACCUGAUCAAUACAUAUACGAAAUAUCUCGAAUACCAUCGUAUAAGGAAAGAUUACGAGCUCUCUCCUUUAAGAACGUUUUCCCAGAACGAAUACGAGAACUUCAAAGCCAUUUAGAAUGCAUUCAAAAAGCGUCUUUGGAACUACAAAUUAGUAAAAAAUUAGCUAAGGCUUUAGAGCUCGUCCUUGCUAUAGGGAAUUAUAUGAACAAAGGAAAUGCAAGGGUUGGUCAAGCUGUUGGUUUUAAAAUAUCCUUCCUAUCUCAGUUGGAGAUGACUAAGACUAGUGACAAAAAGGGUACAUUCUUGAACGUUCUGGCGGAAGCUUUAAAUUCUAAAUAUCCUCAGUUAAUCGAUUUAAGAUCAGACCUUCCAUCUAUCCCAUUGGCAGCAAAAGUAUCCCUCGUUGGAAUAAAACAGGAAAUCGACGAAAUUAAGGAAAUCUUAAGGGACAGCCAUACAGCUGUAGCAGUACAUGGUGAAACAGCAUCAAAUAAUCAAGGGCCUGAUAGAUUUCAAAGCGUUAUGCAGGCUUUCCUUAAAGAAGCAAAUGAAACUUUAGACGACAUCACGUCCAAACAUCAGCGAACUAUAGACGACUACAAUAAUAUGCUCAAGUAUUUCGGCGAGGAGAACGGUGAGAAUAAGAGCGAAAUUUUUGAAAUAAUGACCAACUUUGUUAGCAAAUUUGAGGAGGCGCAUAAAGAAAAUUUAAGAAAGAAUUAUCAUAAGAAUUUUUCAUCUCCAAGGAUAACUAAAACUGAAUACAAACGGCAGACUCGUCUAAAACCGAAUAAUUAA